CCCUGGCAUUGACAUUGAACCAUGUUAAUAAAAGAAGCCGUUGAUCUUAGGAAUUUGGUAUGAAAAUUUGGGCUAUUAAAAAUAAAAUAUGUCUCAAAAAAUAAAUCAUUUUUUAAUUAAAAUCUGUUGGAAACUCUAUCAAGAACUAAGAACCAAUACCCAAUUCCUGUGACUUUUGUUUACCAACACUUAUCGAUAUAAACAAGGGUCUGAAAUAAAAUCUUUUCAAAUCAACCCUUCUUGUAAAGAAAACGCAAUUUUUCUAUUGGAAGUGGAAGUGUUUAGGUGGCAUCGAAAAAAUUGAAUCAAUUGUAAUGGACUUGGAGGAAAUGCAGCUGCAUGAAUGCAUUCAAAAAGCGUUGAAUUCUUAUUCUAGUUCUCAAAGGAAUACCUUUGCGAGGCUCCUGGAGGCAGGCAUCAAAAAGUGCACAACCCCGUACAGGACCUAUAAAGAGGAUCUGAUCAAGGCCAAUACUCUACUGGCGGCCUGUUUCACCAACAUGGCCUACAAGGAGCAGGGGAAGCUGCGCAGGGCCCUACAGGCCAAGCUUGUCAACCUCUUCGACUCACUGGAGGGCUGUAAAGGAUUCGGGAACCUUAGCCUCCAGCUAAUCAAGGGAUUCGCCUUGAUGCUAUCUCCCAGCACAGCCCGAGAGGCCGAUGCCCUUUUUGUCGGCAUUCUCAGAAAGAAGUCUGACAGCAUACUGGCCCUGGUGGGACGUGGCUGUUUGGCCUUCAAUCGCCAGGACUACAUAGGAUCCCUGGGCUUCUUCAAGAGUGUCCUGAUGGCACAGCCUCAAGCACCCGCGGAAGUUCGCGUUGGGAUGGCCCACUGUUUCCUCAGGAUGGGCGAUCUUAACAGUGCCCGUCGCUCCUUCGAGAGGGCUCUGGAGCUCAACAAACGAUGUCCAAGUGCGCUUCUCGGAAGGGCCAUCCUGAAGCUGAAUCAACGCGACCCCGCCCUCUAUAGGGAGGGAAUAGAUCUCCUCAAUGCAGCCUUCGAAAGUGAUAAACGGCAUCCAGAAGUCCUGAGUAUUCUAGCUACCUAUUACUACUCCAUCGGCGAUCACCCAAUGGUGCUGAGAUUGGCUGGCAAUGCGAUGAGGUUCACCGACAUCCCGGAGCUGAAGUCUCACAUUUGCUACCAGGUGGCCAGGAGUCACCAUGCCACUGGGGCAUAUGACUUCGCCAGGACAUACUACCAGAAUGCCCAGAGUUGUGCACCUAAGGGCUAUGUCCUGCCCCUGAUGGGACUGGCCCAGCUCCACCUGAGGAACGGGGAGUUCGGAGAAGCCAGGACCUGCCUGGAAACAUUCCUCAAAGCCCUGCCCAAUGAGUCCAGCGCCCUGCGACUGUUGGCCAUGGUUUAUCUCAACGAAAGGUCCCCAGGAACGGCAGACAAGGCUAUCCAAAUGCUGCUCCAUGUGGUGAGAAAACCGUCGGGUAGCCAGGAGUGGGAUAGCUGGUUGAAUUUGGCCCUCGCCUAUGAACAGAAGGGGCUCUGGGAGUCGGCCAUCAAUGCCUACGAAGAGGCCAAGCGAAUUAUCCUGGGCCAAGGACUCCACAUCCCCAUAGAGUGGCUCAACAACCAGGCGGCCAGUCAGAUGUUGGCCAAGCAGCCACAAGGUGCCCUCACGACCCUCAACGAGGCGUUUUCCCAAUUGGGAAGCCAGGAGGAUAACCCCCUCAAGAGUACUAACUACCUCACCAUGAGGUACAACUAUGCCAGGGUUCUGGAGGAUCUGAGAAUGUACGACCAGGCUCAGCUGCAUUAUGAGGACAUCAUCGUCGGCUAUCCGGGCUACCACGACUGUCACUUGAGACUGGGCAUAAUGGCGAUGCAGUGGGGUGAGCUAAGCAGGGCCUUGGAGCACUUCAAGGAUGUCCUGGCUAUAGACUACGGCAACAUUGCAGCCAGGACCUAUCUGGGAGACUGCUUUAUGAAGAUGCGUCUUAGCAAACAGUCCCUCUCUAACUACAGUGUGAUCCUGCGGAGCCCUGGACACAGCCAAGACAGCUACGCCUUGAUGGCUCUUGGAAACUUCUACCUAAAAAAAUGUCAAAAUAACGUGAUGAAAGGGGACUUAUCAUCAGCCAAAAGAAACCAGGAGAACGCCUUGAACUUCUAUUCGAGAAUUCUCCAACGCAACCCCCGAAACGUUUGGGCAGCCAAUGGAAUAGGAGCUGUCCUGAGUAGCUGCAAUUACCUCGCCGAGGGUGAGGCCAUCUUUAAGCAGAUUGUAGAGUCUGGGAACCACUGUACCGCUGCCAGCCUUAAUUCGGCCCACGUAGCCCUGGAACUUGGCCAGUUCAAGCUGGCCAGCCAGACCUACAAGCUGUGCCUGAGGGACUUUCUUCCCGAGAACUGUGUGGAGGUGAUGCACUACCUAGCCAGAUCUCUCUAUGGGCAGGGCAAGAGCGGCGAGGCCAAGAUGUGGCUGCUAAAAGCCCGACACUUGGCCCCUCAGGAUCCGCUUUUGAUGUUCAACCUGGCCCUAACCAUCAAGAAGGAAACCAGAGAUAUCUUAGCCAUGCCAAAACCCGAGUGGGACGAUCUCCAGAGGGCUGAACUGGAGCUGAAUGGGGCCUCUCGAUAUUUCUCCUACAUUCAUGAAAAUCCACCCAACAUCCCAGCUCGGUCUUCUGCCAGGGCAUCUAAAGACUGCCAGAACUUGAUGGCCAAAUUAAAAGAUCAUCUCGAACAAGUGCGUAGCUUGAAACAAUCGGAUGAGCAGCGCAUCCGCUUGCAGGAGCAACGGUUCCAGGAGCACCAGCGGAACCUGGAGGAGCAGCGUGUGCAGCGGCAGGAGGAGGAGCGAGUCCUCCGAGAGAACCAGAUGGCCAAGCGGAGGGAAGUCCUGGAACGCAUCAAGAAAAUUGUGAAUGCCCCUCUGCAGUCUGAAGUCCCCAAAAAGGAUUCCAAUAAGGCCAAGGGACGCGGCAGGAAAAACAAGCAGGAUGUUGAGGAAGAGGUAGAUCAGGACUCUAGAAAAAGUAGCGCCAAAAAGCCCCGGAAAAGAGCUGCUGCCCAGGAAUUGGUUACAAGUUUGAACAGGAAACCGAAGUCAAAGGAGUUUAUAAGUUCUGAUGAGAACAGUGAUUCGGAUGAAGGUAAAAAUCUAUUAGAAUCGGAACCAAAGGGGUCCCUAGAAACCAAUGAUAUUAACAUCAAAGAAGCCUGAAAUACUCAAGCCACAUUUCCGGUAGACAUAUGUCAUAGUGUGUAAUUCUUAAUAAAUUUAAGUUUAACAUUGUAUUCAAAAUGGGAGUUCUCCCCUCGAACUGAUUAAUAAACAAAAUGCUCCUAAUGAA